AUGCAAGUCGGCAGCAGCUCGUCAUCAUCAUCGGACUUGACCAACCCGAACCAAAACAGUCCUGUUUUGUCCCAGCGACAAAAUGUGGUCAGAGAGAUCUUGAGUACUGAAGAGAGCUAUGUCAAAUCAUUAUCGAUAUGUGACAAUUAUAGAACGUCAAUGUUAAAGAAUGCUUCAAAGAUUAACCCAAGAGAGGUGGAGACUAUAUUCUACUCCUUCAAUGACGUUUUUGCGUGUAACAAGAAAUUUGUGAUGAACCUUUCGAAUAGUUUUAAACAGAACAACCUCGACAAUGAAGUCGGAAAGAUCUUUCUCGGGUACGCCCAGUCGUUUUUGGCUUACACCAACUUUUACAUCAACCAUGACAAAGCCACUGAACACAUUAAACGACUUAAAUCGGACUCAAAGGUCUCUUCCUUGAUGGAGGAAAUACAAAACAGUGUCUCCGUGCAACAACAACUUGACUUGAUCGACUACUUUAUCAUGCCGAUCCAAAGACUCCCAAGGUACAAAUUACUCCUGGAACAGUUGAUUAAAUUCACGCCACCAACACAUUGCGACUUUGAUAAUAUCACUAAAGCGUACACUUCGAUAGGAAACGUCGUUACAGAAAUCAACAAAAAGAUGUUAAACGAGAGAAGUAUAGUGGAGCUUGAAAGUCUCCGAUGCUUGUUUUCGAAGAAGGAGAAAUUCGAGUUGGUCAAGGAAAAUCGACGAUUUAUCAUGCAAAAGAAAAUUACACAAGUCACCCAUAACGGCGCAGAGAAGAGAGUUCUCUUCUUACUCUCAGACUGUUUGCUCUUGACAAAGAGAGAGGACAGACUCCUCAAAAUACGAUAUGUAGUGGAACUCGACAAAUUCAAAUUCUUCGAAAUUGACAAACCAAAGGCGGUGCAGAUCUUCAGUAACGUCAAAUCGUGUUUAAUAGAAUUCGAGUCAGAAGACGCCCUCACUCAAUUCAAAAAUUCGAUAACAAAUGUCCUUUUGAAAAUUGAUAAAAAGGAGUUUUUAUGUUCGCCAUUAGUAGUGCAAUCUUCCGAUAUAACCAACUGCACAAGAUGUGGAGUGGAUUGCACGCGAAGGAGGAAGAAAAUGUACUGCAAAAAAUGCAAAUUAUUUGUGUGUCCGAGGUGUUGGAACCACGACGAGAAGUGUUGUGUUGCGUGUCAGAAUACUAUUUGUAGAGAUACUAAAAAGCGCCGGUCGAUGUCAAGUGCCAAAGGGAUGAAGUUGGAACUUGACUCGUGUACACACACUAAAGGGACGUUGUCUGGAGAAAGCACCCCUCGACUGAGUGAGACAAAGACGUUUGGAACACGAGUUCAAAAGUGUCGAACAGAGAAUGAAAUAGAGAAGAUCGGGAGGACACGAGAAAUCAAUCCAAAUGUUAAAUUGUAUGGAAGUGAACAACUUGAGAUGCACAAGGACUCUCCGCCUUUUGAAGAUGUUCAAUUGAAAAAACAUUCUAUUGGGAAGACUGUGUUAUGUCGAUUCAGUGAGCCCACGAAACCAAAAGAGUCGCCACAAACAAACACAAUUUCAGAUGCUGCGUGUUUCCCAUGUGACCAAGAAACGCUGCUGUCUGAUAACGACACACAAACACCAAGAGAAAAACAGAAGAAAACGGGAUGUAUGAGUGAUAGAGAGGAUUCGGGACAUAAGAUCCAUAAUCUCUUUAGAAGACACAACAGUUUGAAGCAUAAAGACAAAAUAGAAGUGCCAGACACAACAAAGGACGUCAACUUUAUUACAGGAAAGCAGAAGGUGGACAGACUCUUCAAUCCAAAUGAAGUGUUGACUUCACCCAUUCACAAAUCAUCGAAAACACUAAACAAGACACUCCGAUCACACACAAGAACACCAGGAGGGGUGGAGCAAAUUAAAUUGUAUAUUGAUGGCGUCUUGGUGAACAACGAUACACUCGAAAUGCCUAAAGCUGGGACCCAUCAAGAGCCCGAGAAGUUUGAAGAGUUCAAAGAAGAUGAAAAGAAGAGUACAAACAACUCCGAAAGUAAUUCCGAUAACUCCGAUACAGGAACAAAGACAAAUACUAUGCUAAAUAUCGAGAAACCAUCGGAUGAAACAUUUAAAGACAGUCUUGGGAGUCAAGUCUGUAUGGACUCCAAGCCUAUUGAACUUGAGUAUACACAACCAAAGGAACACACAUUUGAAAUACAACCGGAACGGACACCAGAAGGCGUUGAAAGUGUAUUUAAAGACUUAAAAGAAACUCAAGAAACAGAACACCGAACGGAUGUGAAACAAAUGAAAACGAUCUUUGAAAGAAAAUCCGAAGAGGUGUGCGAACCAAAACCUUCUCCGAGGCGGCUCAGUCAAAGGAUCUUUGUUAACAAACCAAAACAGAAUAUUGAAAUUGACUUGGACUCCUUGUCAAAGUCAAAGGUGUGUAUAGACGAGAUAGUCCCACAUGAAGGUCGUGUGGAGUUUCUCAGACAAUUCAAUGAAAGGAUCAUCAAGAAAAAUUCGAUGGAGAACCAAGAAAAACCAAAACCAAAAAUUACAACUGUUGAUAAAAAGUAA